AGUUCGCUACGUAGAAGAAAUGUACGUCCGUGGGCGUGGCGUGCCGUUUGUCUGGAGCAGGGAGUCGUGUGGCCAGGCAAUUUAUCAACACCCUCAAGGCGGAUUCUCUAGGCGCUCUGGACCGUAGUGGUCCACGCUGUAGAAUUACAGCAAAAAAAUCAUCCGGUUGAAACUCCGCCAUUGACCUCGUUCCCGGUCGAAUUUGAGAUCACCCAUUAGUACGUUUUAGCUUGUCUGUAUCCAUGAGGACGUUACUUGUGUUGUGAUAGUCAGCAGUAGGAAGCUUCCACUAAUAAGGAGGUAUCAGACUUUUAUUUAGCGAACAAGAAGGCUUACAGGCUAAAUAUUUGAACAUUUCUAACCCUUUGAACUGUAAGCAUCCGUGCAUUUACGAUGGCUCCAAGGAAGAAUUCCAGAAACCAAUCCAAAAAAGUGGACACCAUGUAAUUCAUCCAGACCGUCCCCGGACACGCAGAUCUGAGGUGAAGCCCGCAGCAGUGGUGAAUAAGAAUGGUGUGAAAGCGGAGGCUGCUAUUGCUAGUGGGGGUGGAGGUGCUGCUAGUGGUUUUAGCGGCACUAAGAUCUUCACCUGGUUCAUGGUUCUGGCUCUGUUGGGGGUGUGGAGCUCCGUGGCCGUGGUGUGGUUAGAAUUGGUGGACUACGACAACGUUAUUGGUAAACUUUCAGCGUAUGACGCAGAUGGCGACGGUGACUUCGAUGUGGAGGACGCCAAAGUACUACUCGGCUUGACCAAAGAGGGCGGUGAAAUUACUAAUGAAAAUGCAGAUUCCCUAGAGGAAAUCUUCAGUAUUUUAGCCGAGGAGGGCUCAGAUUGGUUUCACGGCUUCUUCACGUUUCUCUAUGACGUGAUCACUCCUCCCGUAGAGAAGGUGGAGGAUCCAGAGAGUGAGACAGCAGAGGAGGAGGGUGAUGCUGACGAAAAAGGGGUCAAAGUUGCUGCUCCCAAAAAGGAAACGCUGAAAGAAGCUGAGAAUAUUGUCGAGGUUCCUGUUCCAAAAACAGAAAAGACAAAAGGUAGCCUACUAUUUAAUGGUGAUGAGAGUCCUGGAGAGGUGGCUUCUAAAAAGAACAGAACAAAAGAGCACCCAACAAGAGAACUUGGGAGGAAAUUAAAGUCAGCAUUAAAGGAACAGUUGAGAUUGAUCCAUGAGAAGAUUGAAGCCCAAAAAAUUGCCGAAAUGGCUUUGGCUGAAGUGAGGAGUAUCCUGGCCAAAGAGGAGGAAGAGAGAGAAUUGGUCAAUGCUCUGGAACUCAAGAGGCAAGAGGCGGCCCAAAAAGCCCAGGAAAUGUUAGAGGCUCAACUUCGAGAGGAAAGAGAACAAGAAGAGAAAAGAGAGGCUGAGAGAAGAGCACAGGAGCAAGCAGGGAAAGAGAGGCUGGAGAAAGAGCAACUGGAGCAGUUGGAGAGAGAAGAGAAAGAGAGGCUGGAGAAACAGAGGGAAGCUGAGGAGAAGGCAGAAAAAGAGCGAUUGGAGAAGGAAAAGCUAGAGAAGGAGAGGAUAGAAAAGGAGAAGGCAGAGCUGGAAAGGAUGGAGAAAGAGAGACUGGAAAAGGAUCGAGCAGCUAAAGAGAAAGCAGAAAAGGAAAGACUAGAGAAAGAGAAAGCAGAAAAGGAGAGGGUUGAGAAGGAACAGGCCACCAAAGAGAAAGCAGAAAAGGAGAGGAUUGAGAAAGAACGGGCCACCAAAGAAAAAGCAGAAAAGGAGAGGAUUGAGAAGGAACGGGCCGCCAAAGAGAAAGCAGAAAAGGAGAGGCUUGAGAAGGAACGGGCCGCCAAAGAGAAAGCAGAAAAGGAGAGGGUUGAGAAGGAACGGGCCGCCAAAGAGAAAGCAGAAAAGGAGAGGGUUGAGAAGGAACGGGCCGCCAAAGAGAAAGCAGAAAAGGAGAGGCUUGAGAAGGAACGGGCCGCCAAAGAGAAAGCAGAAAAGGAGAGGGUUGAGAAGGAACGGGCCGCCAAAGAGAAAGCAGAAAAGGAGAGGCUUGAGAAGGAACGGGCCGCCAAAGAGAAAGCAGAAAAGGAGAGGCUUGAGAAGGAACGGGCCGCCAAAGAGAAAGCAGAAAAGGAGAGAGUCGAGAAGGAACGGGCCGCCAAAGAGAAAGCCGAAAAGGAGAGGCUUGAGAAGGAACGGGCCGCCAAAGAGAAAGCAGAAAAGGAGAGGCUUGAGAAGGAACGGGCCGCCAAAGAGAAAGCAGAAAAGGAGAGGCUUGAGAAGGAACGGGCCGCCAAAGAGAAAGCGGAAAAGGAGAGGGUUGAGAAGGAAAGGGCCGCCAAAGAGAAAGCGGAAAAGGAGAGGCUUGAGAAGGAACGGGCCGCCAAAGAGAAAGCGGAAAAGGAGAGGGUUGAGAAGGAACGGGCCGCCAAAGAGAAAGCGGAAAAGGAGAGGAUUGAGAAGGAACGGGCCGCCAAAGAGAAAGCGGAAAAGGAGAGGAUUGAGAAGGAACGGGCCGCCAAAGAGAAAGCGGAAAAGGAGAGGCUUGAGAAGGAACGGGCCGCCAAAGAGAAAGCGGAAAAGGAGAGGCUUGAGAAGGAACGGGCCGCCAAAGAGAAAGCGGAAAAGGAGAGGGUUGAGAAGGAACGGGCCGCCAAAGAGAAAGCGGAAAAGGAGAGGGUUGAGAAGGAAAGGGCCGCCAAAGAGAAAGCGGAAAAGGAGAGGAUUGAGAAGGAACGGGCCGCCAAAGAGAAAGCGGAAAAGGAGAGGAUUGAGAAGGAAAGGGCCGCCAAAGAGAAAGCGGAAAAGGAGAGGAUUGAGAAGGAACGGGCCGCCAAAGAGAAAGCAGAAAAGGAGAGGAUUGAGAAGGAACGGGCCGCCAAAGAGAAGGGGAGACUGGAGAAAGAACGGCUAACCAAAGAAAAGGCAGAGAAGGAAAAGGAAGACAGCGAAAGGGCGGAGAAAGAGCGUGUUGCCAAAGAGAGAGCAGAGAAAGAACAGGUUGCAAAGGAAUCUGAAAAGGAGAGGAUGGAGAGAGAAAGGGUAGCGAAGGGAAAGGAGAGAGAACGGAUAGCCAAAGAGAGGGCAGAGAAGGAGAGAGCAGAGAAAGAGCAACAAUCCAAAGAGUUAGCUGCUAAAGAAAAGGAGAGAGCGGCGGUAAAAGGACACUUAGUCAAAGAAAAGACUGCAAAGGCCAAGGUUGAGACAGAACAGUUGUCCAAGAUAGAGAGAGAACAGUUACCUAAGGCGAAGGCAGGGAAGGAGAGAGCAGAAAAAGAGCGUCUACUCAAAGAAAAGUUCGAAAGGGAGAGAGUUGUGAAAGAGAAAAGAGCCAAACAGGCAAAAGAGGAGAUGCCAGAGAAAAAUGCAAACAACUUCACAGCUACAAGCAAGAAGGAAAAAAUAUUGGCUAUAAAAGACCUUCUGAAGCCUAAAGCCACCAAGGUGAACAAGAAAUGGAACUUCACAGGAUGAUGAUCCUUCAAUUACAAAACCGACAACUAUCCCCUCCUCCCUAAAGGCACUUCUGUAGAUCUGAAGGGAUUGAAAAGAGCUAAGCAAUGCAGUGCUUGCUUCACAUUUUCUUUCUGAUAGGCUGGAUGGAUUCUCUGUCAUAUUGCUACAACUGUCCAACCCCUUCAGAUCUACAAGUGUGUCUAAGGAGGAGGGGCUAGGAAUUGAUUUACAAUUGAGCCAAUAUAAUUGAUGGUGCUGAAUUUAAAAUCACGUUCAUGCCAAUGCUAAAUAUGUUAUGGCUGGUCAGUGGUGAUCUGUGAUAAUCAACUUUGGUUUUGGUCUUUGGUUCUUACAAAUCAGAGCUUUGUCCUCCCCCUUUUUGUAAAUUUUUAUGGCACAAUACAUUACGAAUGAUUGAUUGAUUUAUUGGGAAAAAUAUGCACUGAGUACAACCCAGCGGAUAACAUGUUCUAGAGAUUCCACCUGUGUCCAACAUGUACCCUGAUAUAUAUACACAUACAUACAUGCAGGCAUGCAUACAUACUGUAUAAUCAUUAAAGAAAGAUGGUUACCUGCACACUGAUAAAUGCUCCCAUAGAUACACCUGCGGAAGCAUUGAUUAAAAUUGUGGGAGCAUUCAUUAGUGUGUCUGUCUUUCUGUCUUUCUUUCAUUACUGUACGUUCUGUACCCUUCACCUGCAAGUCACUGAAUACACUACUUUGGAACUAGUUAUAAUGCAAUUUUGAUAUUUGUGUGUUUUACUGUAUUUUUUACUUUGCUACAAAUUGUAACAUCAUCCUAUCACUUUCUAACAUAAAAGUGUUAAUGUCAUAAUGUCAAAAGAUAUUGAAUUAUAUACAGACUAAAGACAAAGUAUGUUCAUUGGCUUGAAGUGAUUGUUUUUUUUAGAUUAGAAAAUUAAACAGAAUAUUUAUGUUAGUAUAAGGCACAGCUGUCAAAGUCAUUCCACGGAGGGCCGAGUGUCUGUGGGUUUUCGCUCCACCCUUGAACUUGAUUGAGGAAUUAAGGUCACUAAUUAGUAAGGAACUCCCAUCAUCUGGUUGUCUAGGUCUUCAUUGAAAGCAAAAAACAAAAAGCAGCAGACACUAGGCCCUCCAUGGAAUGAGUUUGACACCACUGGUAUAAGGUGUUUCUCAGUGAGUUCAAGUGGCUAUCAUACAUUUGCAUUGCCACACAGAUUUGCAAACAAUGAGUGCUAUAAACUGGGUGGUUCAAACCCUGAAUGCUGAUUGGCUGACAGCCAUGGUAUAUCAGACCGUAUACCACAGGUAUGACAAAACAUUUAUUUUGAAUUACAUUGGUAACCAGUUGAAAAUAGCAAUAAUGCACCUCGGGGGUUUGUGGUAUAUGGCCAGUAUACCACGGCUAAUGGCUGUAUCCAGGCGUUGCGUUGUGCCUAAGAUCCACCUUUAGCCAUGGUAUAUUGGCCAUACACGACACCCCCUCAGGCCUUAAUGCUUAAUUGAAAACGAUCAAAAGUGUGCUAUCAGCAGUCUUUCUUUCUUUCAUUCGUUUUGAAUUGAAUCAAAUUAGUGUUUUUCUACUCUUUGCUUGCUUUUCAGUUAUAUGCUAGUUAAAUAAUGUUUUGUGUUAACUUGAUAGGUGUUUUUGUAUGAUGACAAUAAGAUUUACUUUUGCUUUCUGAAGAAUCUUCAGUAUGGCCCGGGCACUUCAUUACAUAUUACUUGAAACAUCUCAUGAAACAAGGCCGUAGCUACAUUUUCUUUUUCGUAGAGACUUGAUGAUGCCUUUAUGUGCAAGUGUGAAACUCUCUGUUUGAAACAACAUACCAACUUCUUGGAGUACUCUUUUUGUCAUUUACCAGUUGUAAAUGGUACCUUUGCUGUAUUUUUUUACUGCUGUAAAGUUAAUAUUUAGAAAUUGCAUGACAGAAAAAAUACUACCUUUUUAAAUCUUUGUUUUUAUGUUUGUGUCUGUUGUUUGAAACAGCCAUAAUAUGAUGUAGGCCUUUUCUUGCUUUGGUGAAACUAAAAUCUCACUAGGUACUGGCAGUAUGGAUGAAGUUGGUGUAUUUUGUUAAAUCGUGUCAUUGCUGACAUUGCAAUGAUGCCAGAUAAGUAAUAUAAGUAAAGCUUUUGUCCUCAAGCCACUUUGAUUAUUAAAGAGCUUUCCUCAAA